AGAACAUGAGAAAGUUGAUAGCAAGUGUCAUUGGGGUCAAAGGUAAACGAUGUAACCUUUGACAUGUCGUCCCACAAUGCACAGUAACUUUUGCCGAAAAAAUAUGUGCGAAAAAACUAGUGAUCUUGGAUAAGUUGAAUAUUUACACAUUUGAGGGAAUCGUUCUGGCCUGCUGUAGUCAUGGCAACAACAAGUGAUGUACGUGACAUCCUGGAACUUAGUGGUCCAUCAGGCCAGGAGGGGGAGGGGGGCACACCACGGGAAAACAUCAUGAAAACAAAAAAAGUGAAGAAACUGUCAGACACACCGACAUUCAAAAGACCAGAGGGAAUGCACAGGGAGGUUUAUGCCCUGUUGUUCUCAGACAACAAUUCCACCUAUUUCAGGGAUGCCCCUCCCAUCAUUCCGAGUGCCUCCAACCAAGGCUACCGCACCCUGAAGGCCAAGUUGGGCCGUAGCAAGGUCCGUCCAUGGAAGUUCAUGCCCUUCACCAACCCUGCCCGUAAGGACGGAGCCAUCUUCAACCACUGGAGACGAGUAGCAGACGAGGGGAAGGACUACCCUUUUGCCAGAUUUAAUAAGUCAGUACAGGCUCCAAUCUACUCAGAACAGGAAUACCAGCUCCACCUACACGAGGAAGGGUGGACGCGGCCGGAAACAGACCAUCUCUUCGGACUGUGUCGGAAGUUCGACCUUCGCUGGUUCGUCAUCCACGACAGAUAUGACCACGAUCAGUUCAAGAAGCGCAGCAUUGAGGACCUAAAGGAGAGAUACUACAACAUCUGUAGUAAACUCACCAAGAUACGAGCCCCUCCAGGCCAGGAGCCCAAAGUGUAUGUGUUUGACGCAGACCACGAGAGACGACGCAAAGAGCAGUUGGAGCGCCUGUUUAACAGAACACCAGAACAGGUGAAGGAGGAGGAAUAUCUUAACCAGGAGCUUAAGAAGAUUGAGAUGAGAAAGAAGGAGAGGGAGAAGAAGACUCAAGACCUGCAGAAACUCAUCACAGCAGCAGACAGCUCUGAUGCCCGCAGAUCUGAGAGGAAAUCCACCAAGAAAAAACUUCUCACCAAAGAGAAGAGAGAAUCUUCGGGCUCUGUGGAUAUCCCAACUGGUAUCAAGUUCCCUGACUUCAAGCAGGCUGGUGUGUCACUCAGAAGUCAGAGGAUGAAGCUUCCUUCCUCAGUUGGCCAGAAGAAGGUUAAGGCCAUAGAACAACUUCUGGAGGAGUUAGGAAUAGACCUGUAUCCCAUGCCUACAGAAGAGAUAUGUCGGGAGUUCAAUGAACUCAGGAGCGAUAUGGUAUUCCUAUACGACCUGAAGUUGGCCUACGCUAACUGUGAGUUUGAGCUGCAGACCCUGCGACAUCGGUUUGAAGCCCUGGCACCAGGCAAGAUGCCGCUGACCGUCCUCCCCACAACGGUGGGCCCGAGCACGUCAGGAGCCGCACCUGCAGAGAGUGAGGAGUCGCCUACACGGAAAAAGGCCUCUGAUAUCAUAGAUGUUGUAUCGACUGGUCCCUCCACCCCACAGAGAAAACGCAGGGUUAGCGCAGCCGACCCAGGCAGUGCCAUCAAGAAGACAAAGAAGUUGUAGAUGUGGAGUGAAUUAUACUGGUUAGAAUGAUAUAAACUGAUAGAUUGAAAUAUAAUACAGUAGGAAAAGGCUACGUUAGUGUACAUGAUGAUCUGGUCGUUAAUGGGAGAAACUACAAGUACAUAUAGGUCAUUUCUGCUGAUUAAAGUUUGCACCCAUCAUGUACACAGUGGCAUGGUUGAAAAGUUUUAGAUGUCAUGCCAGUACACAAUCAUCUGUGGAGCAGGGGGAUAGACCACCUUAAGGUCAUCCUCGUUGCUGCAUUAGGAAAAGCAAGUUUGCAUGUAUCUUUGGAGAUAAUAUAGAAACACUUUACACUUUGGGGUCUGUUUUUGAAGGUCCCAAGGCAGACCUACCUUAUGCUCCAUCAAUAAGCCUUUUGAAUGCAAGGCUUUUGUUUCAUACACCCUAAGAUAUCUUGUAAGUUGUAUAUCAUGUAUGUUUGGGUCUUUGUUUCUUCCUGAACCCCCUCCCUCAUUUCGUUUUUUUCAAUCUUAGGGGAAUAGAUUUUCUCUUGUGAGAAUAUAUCUCAGCCUUCAUUGUACAAUAUAAGAGUAACAAUAAAAACAAACAACAAAAUCAUUAGAUCACCAGUGUCUUUUUAUUUACAUCUGAUCCUUCCUUACAAAAGCAUGUACAAAUUUACUCCCAUCUGUAACAGCAGAAUAUGUGCUACAUGAUAAAUGAUGUAAAAACAUCAAGAUACUGCCAUGAUUUAAAAGCCAUCUACAGUGCUUUUUUUCUUCUCAAAUACAGACAAGUGUUCUGACUACACUUCUUUACUUUAUCAAUACAUAGGCUUUCACUACAUUGCACACUCUGUAGCUCUGUCUUACAAAUCAACUUCCAGUUUUGUGUGCCAGCCAGCAAUCUGAAUAGAAGAUUUGAAAGACUAAGUCUUACAGCCAUUUCAUAUAACCUGCUGUUAAGUACACUUACAAGUAGGGGCUGUGCCAUUAAGGUCAUAACAGGGGUGGUCAGGAAGAUUGUCUUAACCCCUCAAUAUCUUGCUACAGUGCAUUCCCUUUCGUUCUGAAAAA